AUGCUCGCCUCGGCCUGGCGGUAUCGGUCUCAGUGUGGCCGGGUUGGGUGUCGCCGGCGGAAUUCCGGUCCACCGGCCCUCGGGUUCGGUACCAAUUGGGUCCUGCCGCCUCGUGCCGCCUUACUUCGCCGGCCUGGGGACGGUCGAUGUGGCCUCUUCUUCAGGCCGACUCAUAAGCUCUCGUCUCCAAUGGCGUGGCCAGGCCGCGCCCGGCUUGUUUGUGUUUAG